GUCAUUGAUUGUGAAGUCAACUGUCGUUUCGUUCCUUACUUCUCUUUCAAUUUUAAUUUUUAUCGUCGGCAUACACGUUUCGUGUCUCAAGACUUAAAAAUGCGUUACGUGGCUGCUUACUUAUUAGCCGCUUUGGGCGGAAACGCUUCCCCAAGCGCUGCCGAUGUCGAAAAAAUCCUCGGCUCCGUUGGAGUAGAAGCUGAAGCCGAAAAGGUCAAGAAGGUCUUGGGUGAACUCAACGGCAAAUCCAUCGAAGAGCUCAUUACUAAAGGUCGCGAGAAGUUGAGUUCCAUGCCAGUAGGUGGUGCAGCACCCGUAGCUGCUGCUGCAGUUGCCGCUGCUCCUGCUGCCGCAGAAGAAAAGAAAGAAUCCAAGAAGGAAGAAAAGAAAGUUGAAUCAGAAUCCGAAGACGAUGACAUGGGCUUUGGUCUUUUCGACUAAAACUUAAGUUACUUUUUAAGAUUCAACCUGAUUUUUGUAAUAUAUUUUUAAGUUAAAUCUUAA